AUGGCGCCCACACAGCAAGUGGACGGAGUGAUGGUCGCCUCCAGUCCCAUGGAGACGGCGCUGUGCAGCCCCACGGGCGCCGCCGCCCCCUCCGCCCCGGCCGGGAGGGAAGCUUCCUUCCCGGCGAAGCCGCUGACGCCCGCCGCGUCGCCGACGGACGCGUCUUCGCCCGGAAAGAAGCCGACGAGUCCUCGCUCCGAGCCCGUCAACUUCGCCGCGCUGUACCAGCGCUCCUCGCGCGACUCGGAGCUCGUGGCGACGCUGCGCGCGCUGGAGAAGGAGCUGGAGGACGUCACGAUCGAGCACAAGGCGCAGCAGCAGACGCAGGCGGACGCAGCGGCGCGGUUCGCGCCGGACCAACUGCAGCAGCUGCUGACGACGCAGGAGGCCGUCGGCGCCGAGAACGCGGCGGGCAAGGAGCAGACGAUGCAGUCGCACCCUCCCCGGGCUGCGGAGGCCAAGGGGAAGCCCAUGAGACGCUUCGUGGCGUGGUCCGCCACGCCGUUCGUCACAAUGGCGGCCACGGGUGGCAGGCCCAGCGCACUCACGGACUCGGAGGAGGAGGGCGACGCGCAGUACCACAAGGUGCAGCAGCUACCCUGGGAGGAGAACAUCAUUUGGGGCAUCGACUUUGCGGCUGCGGCCAAGGGUGGGAAGACGGAGGAGGAGGACGAGGGAGUGGAAGUCGAGGACUCGGUGGGUGCAGUGACUGUGGUGAAGGAGACCAAGAGCAAGGCGGCGAGUAAGGCUGGUGGUUGGGCGAAGCCUGCUGAAAAGAAGAGUGAGGAGAGUUCGGGGACGAGUGUUCAGUCGUACAAGGAGCUGCGUGCUGCUAGAGCGGGUCAGGAGACUGAGAAUUCGUCGUUGGCGACGGCGGGUUUUAGUGGUGGCUUUGAUAUGACCAAGCCACGGAAUUACCGCUGGGAGCUGGAGGAUAACGCGAAGGAGAAGAAACGUGGAGAGGAGACUGCCAAUGGAUCGGGGAAUGCGGAGAAGGGAGAGAAGGAGACGCUGCCGUGUCCACUGAACAAGGAGUUGCAGGAUGACUCGUGGGUGGCGGCGAUUGGCUGGAAGUCUACACAGGAUAUGGCGGAGAGCAAACUGGUGCUGGAUGACAACGAUGCGUCGCUCAUUUACUCGGUUCCUGAGAUGGAGGACGUACGUCCUACGCUUCGCAUUCCGGAACGCAAGUUGGGAGCGGCUGAGCAGCGCCUGGCGCAGCUUGACAAACAGCGUAUCGAGAAGAAACAGCGUAUUGAUGAGGUCAUGGGUAACCUUGAGUUUGGUGAGGAGACGGCUGAAGGUCGAUUGGGCACGGAAGGCAGCGGUAAGAAGUCGAAGGACACGCGUGUGGUGAAGAACAUUGGCUACGUACACCACUCUCUGCCCGCCAUGAAGCUCUCGCUCACAAAGCCUGAACUUCCUAAGGCAAAACUCCGAGACUUUCACCGACCACGCGGCAAGUUCAAAAUCAAUGAGCGGCUGCAAUUCUUGCCGCCGCCCCCAGGUGCCGCCAAGUUGGCACCGCAGGAGGAAAGCGCCAUGGUUACUCAGAUCAAGAAGAGUUCCGACUUGAAUCCCACCGCUGGUGGUAAGCUGAUUCUCAUCGAGUACACAGAGCAGCACCCGCCCAUGCUGUCAAACCCUGGUAUGGCGGCCCGUAUCCUUCACUACUGGCGGCCACCGGAGGAUACAUCUGCAGGAUUGGGCAUACUGGGUAAGAAGAAAGCUCGCAAGACGCGCCCAAAGCCACCUGACAUGAAAAUGGGGCAGGUCAUUACGCUCGGUGACCACGAUGAGUCUCCGUUUGUCGGUGAUAUUCCUCCGGGGCGAGUGGUAACAUCACUCAACUCGAAGCUGUACAAGGUGCCGAUUUUCCCUCACAAGCCAACGGUUCCGUUUGCUGCAAGUCCAGAUUCACGUGAACGCAACAACUCGGAUAUUUUCCUUUUGUGUCGGUCUGUGACGAAGGGGAAGAAGGGCGCAGCUGGUGAUAAGUCGGGCGGGCUUGGAACCCCAAAGACAACGGUGUUCAUCAUGGAGCUGCCUGAAGUUUUCGUGGCAGGGCAAAUCGAACCUCAAAUCGAGGUGCCAGCACCGAAUUCUCGCAGUGCCAACGAGUUUAUUCGCCCAUACAUGUCGUUCCACAUCCUACGGCUAUUCAAGAAAGCUAGCGAUGGCGAGCGAUUGAAGAUUGAGGAUAUUGCGCGUGCAUUCCCGAAUCAGUCAGGCACUGCUAUCCGAAAACGCAUGAAGGAGGUGGCUACUUUUGAGCGCGGUGGUAAUGACUCGGGCUGGUGGAAAAAGAAACCUGCAUCGCAAUUGCAGAGCGAGGAAGAAAUCAGGGCCAGUAUUCCUCCUGAGAGUGUGUGCCUCUACGAAAGUAUGAUGUCUGGCCACAGACGACUACUGGAUAUUGGACUGACCAAGUUGUUUACACCUUCUGGUGUGAAUGGGGCCAUCAAUCACUUGAUUCGACGCCUUGAGCUGCGCAAAAAUACGUUGUCCACGCGUCUUGUGCCAGCCAACCUUGAGCGACGUGCCCGAGAGAGGGCCCAGGCUGAUCUUUGGAAGAAGGACCCUGUGGUGCGCAAGCUCGAGACUGAUAUUCAAGUUGCUCGUUACAUCAAUGAGCAGCUGCAGCUCACGCCUUGGAAUUUGACAAACAACUACGUCGAAUGCCACCUUCAGGGCAAAGGAUCUGGUAUGUUGCAGCUCGGUGGUAUUGGUGACCCAACUGGUCGUGGUGAAGGUUUCAGCUUCGUGCGCGUACCGCAGUCCCGUGCCAAGAAGAAAGACGGAGAGGAUGACGUGGCGCCGACUGCUGAGAGCAAGAUAAGCGCUGAAACUGCAGCUGUGCAGAAGGCAGUGGCAGCGGUCACUGGUACGACUGCCGAUUUGCGUAAGCUGAAAAUGAAGGAAGCUGGUGAUGUGCUGCGAAACCUGGGUUUGGCCGACGCAGAUAUCAAGAAACUGCGCCGUUGGGAUCGAAUUCACAUGGUGCGUGAGCUCAGUAGUCGUGCAACAGCCCACGGUGUGGCCGGUAGUUUGAGCAAGUUCGCCCGUGGCGCGCGCAAGUCGCUUUCAGCACAGCAACAAGAGUAUCGCAAGAAGUGUGAUGUGAUCUAUGAGCGCCAAAUGGACGUUCUGAGCUCGACCAAAACUACGUUUUCGUCGGAUGAGGAGUCGGAUGGUGACGAUGAACUCGAUGAGCUGGGUGCCGAUGUCGAAGCCGAUAUCCUGGGAGGCACAGAUACUAAACGCGGUCCGAAGAAUCUGUUCCGUAGUGGCGGUGGAGGUCUUAACCGCUCGAAGGAAGUCCUUGCUGAGCGCGAAGAUGCUGUCGAGCUCCGUCGUCUUAUGGAGGAGAUGAAUGAGGAUCAAGGAUCCGGUGCCAACCCGUCAAGUGCUGUACGACGUCCUGAUGUCGAUACGAAUCGGCUGCGUAACCAAUUGCGCGCAAGUGGAAUUCGAGAAGGUGGCACUGGAGCUAGUGGGAUUUCCUCCGUGUCGGGCUUUGGAGCACGCUCGAACAUGAUGUCUCGCGGUGGGUCGGCAGUGUCAUCUGCUUUAGCUACGCCCACUGGCCAGCUUUCGCGGGUGUCUUCACCGACUCACGGCAGUCGCACACCGGUCCCGUCAGAGCCUCCCAGCGCCUCUAAGAAGAUUCCGGGGCGAAAGGUGCUGAAGCGUGUUGUGCGAACCAUUGAAGAGGAUGGCAGUGAGACCGUCCGCAUUCAAUUUAUCGUGGAUGACAAGCAGGUGGCUCGCUUCCGUGCGAUGCAGCAGCGCAAGGAGCGCCAACAAAAGGCGGAUGAACGCAACCAGCUGCGGAAGCGCAAACGCAUGCUUGCUUUGGAGGACGACUCUACUAACCAGAGUUUGCUUGACAAAGCUAAGCGGCGAAAACAGUUGCAAGAGGAACUGAAGCAGCUCCAGAAGACCGAGGCCCAGAACAAAGGCUACCAAGAAAUGCUGAAGAAGGGCGAGUCUGGUGAAGUUGCGGAUGGUGCCGAUGGCGACGACGCGGGUGGCAAGGGCGUCAUUCGCUGCACGCAGUGUCUGCAGGUUGGUCACAUGCGCACCAACCGCAGUUGUCCGCUAUACAUGGCGGACGACUCCCGCACGAAGAAAUCGGGCGCGCUGUCGGAGAAACAGGCAAACGCGAUGCUUGCGGAACCGUUGAAGCUGAAGGUGAAGAAGUCCCCGGCGGUGAUCAGCAGCGGAGAUUCCAGUACCAAAAUCACUGUCAACCUGUCCGAGCUGCGUGAAGGCGCUCGCAAGCAUCAGCAUGAGAAGAAGCGCAAACGUGAGCUGGAGGUGCGCGAGCAGGCGGAGCUCUACAAGCGGCCGUACGCGAAGGGUGCGAUCAAGCAGAGUCGCUCGCGGAUGCCCGUGGAGCACCUCAACAACGCGCUGGAGGUGGUGGUUCAGCGGCUGCUCGAGAUGCCCGAGAGUGAGCUCUUCCGCGUGCCGGUGGACGCCACCACUGUCCCGAACUACUACCUCAUCGUGAAGCAGCCGAUGGACCUGAGCACGAUUCGUCGCAAGAUCGAGGCCAAGGAGUACGACUCGAUGCGCGAGUUCGUCAAGGACCUGGAGCUGAUCGUGAACAACUCGCGCAUUUUCAACGGCGACCCGGCCAAGUCCGUGAUCACGGCCAACGCGCAAAAGGUGCUGCGCCGCGCCCAAGACGAGAUGGCGGCGCUCAGCGCUGAAGGUGGCAUGACCCCCACCACGCCGACCAUCACGCAGUAAAAAAAGCGAUCGGCAUUUAUUCCAGCUCACCGAGGCACCAACGCACAACAACCC